UAUUAAUUUAUAUAAUCUUACUACCAUGCACAGAUUACAAACCACAGAACGAGAAUCCAGGUGGAUAGCAACGCCGCUUGGAAAAGCGUGUUUGGCUGCAUCUAUACCUCCCAGAGAGGGAUUAUUUCUAUUCGAGGAAUUACAGAAAGCAAGAAGAUGUUUCGUUUUGGACACAGAAUUACACGUGAUAUAUUUAGUAACUCCACUCUCUGCUGGAUGUCAGAUUGGAACUGUCGAUUGGAUGAUGUUCCACGAAUUGUGGAAUACCAUGUCGGAAAGCGAGCGCAGAGUCGGAAAACUUAUUGGAGUAGAAGAACGUUUUGUCAUGUCAGCCAUAAGAGGAGUCAUUAAACCUGGAAAAUCGUUAAAUGUACAUAGAAGAUUCUACAGUGCAUUGGCAUUACAUGAUUUAGUUAAAGAAGUUCCACUUCAUGUAGUUUGUAAAAAAUACGGAUGUUGUCGUGGAGUAUUACAAACCUUACAACAGUCUGCUGCUACAUAUGCAGGUAUGGUCACACAAUUUUGUAAGCAAUUAGGUUGGGACUGCAUGGAAUUAUUAGUGAGCCAGUUUCAAACAAGAUUGCAAUUUGGGGUCUGUAGAGAAUUGUUAGAUUUAUUGCGUCUGCCAAUGUUAAACGGUUUGCGAGCAAGAAGCCUGUAUAAACAAGGAAUAACAUGUGUAGCGGACUUGGCUGUUGCUAAUGAACUUAACGUCGAACGCGCGCUCUAUAAAGCUCUCCCUUUUGAAAGUGAAAAAGAAUACGAAGGAGAAUAUGCGUUUGAAGCGGAAAAAAGAAAUAAAAUGAGAACAGUGUUUGUCACUGGAAGAGAUGGUCUCACACCACAACAAGCUGCAGUUUUAUUAGUUCAAGAAGCAAGGUUGCUAGUUCAGAAAGAAUUAGGACUCGAGCAACUGCCAUGGGAGCAGAACGAGCGAUCUCAGAUAAAUACAUAUGUAGAAGAUGUUGAAGGUACAUCUGACAUAAAAGAAGAAAUUCAGACGGAAAUGGAUAUAAAAAAUUCGGAAUCUACGAAGAUGGAAACAUCCAUAGUAAAGGACUCAAAAUGUGAAAAGCCUGUAAGUAACGAAAAUCAAAAGAAUGACAAUUCGAAACUUUAUAUUUCUGAAAAACCUGGUGGAAGUAAUAUGUCCGACAAAAAGAAAAUGAUUGAAUCAAAUAAUCAGCAUUUAAAUGAAGCAAUUUUAUCACCUAAAUUCUCGGAAGACGAGAAAGAUGCGUCUACCUUCCUCGAUAUAAGCAUUCCCGAUAUAGUAGCCAACAAUGAACAACUAAAUACUCCUAAAAAAAAGAAAAAUUCUUUCACAACUGAUAAUAGCAUUAACAUGAAGAGAAAUAGCAAAAAUUUAGAAAAAUCCAAUCUGAAUGUUAAUGAUAUACUUAACAAAAAAUCAAGAACUUCCAGUUUGAAUAAUAUAAAAAGUAAUGACGAAAAUUUAACAGACAAAAACGUAAAAGUAUCAAUUAUAGAUCAAGACGUUAAAUCGUCGUAUUCGAAGAGUCCCAGUUUGUUCGAUGAUAGCUUGAAUCUCGACACCCAAAUCUGCGACCUUCUUGAACAAAAUGUUAUGGAUAUCGCGCGUUUGCCGGAAUUAGAUUCCAAAAUGUUUGCAAGCGAUUUGGAUCUCGUCACAUUACAGAAAAAAAUUGCAAGUCCAGAUGUCAGCAAUGCGCACUUGCAAGGAGAAAAUAACGCGAAAAAUGUAAACGCAGCGCUCAUACAAACGAGAAACAGCAUAUUGUCAUGGGAUGACGAUUCAUGGAAUAAUUCCGAACGAUUGCUAAAGCAGAUAGUCCAGGCAAAUAGUGAUCAAAAUAACAAGGAAAUCUCUAAACCAAAAAUUAAAAAUAUCGUGAAUACAAGUGUAUCUAUUACGCCAAAAAAUACAAAAACUUGCACGCUAAACGAUAAAGAAAUUGUGCAUAAAACGGAUAUUAAGAAACGUGCUGCUGUAAUUAAAGAAAAAGUGCCGCGAAAACCUAAAUUGCCAAAAAUAGCGAAAGUAGAAUCUCCCAUAACAAACAUAAUCGUUUAUAGGAACGAAAGGAGAAUGUCUGUAGAGUCAAAUGAUUCGGAUGAUAUCAUCGUCGGUUCGCAGCACUUUGAAUCUCCUUUCAGCGAUAAUAAAAAUCGAACAAGAACAAAAUUGGAGAAAAUACGAAAAAUGCGUUCCCAAAAACUUGCCGAGAACACAAUAACGGAAAUAAAUAAUCGUUUAAACUCUCCUAUAAAAGCAAUAUCGAGUGACACGGCAGAUAAUAAAACGAAGCAGAAAGUGAAGCCAAAAUUGAAGGAAAUUUUGGAACGGAAUUUGUUACUCACUACAAAUUGCAAUAUAGAUAGCGUUAUAUAUAAUUCCGAAGAUGAGACGACGCUGACAUCGGUCUUUAAGACGAAACAUGAAACGCAAUCAAAUAUACUGAAUAAAAACAUAAAAUCCAAGAUAGAAGUCGCAUUACCUGAUAACAAAACAGAUUUGCCAAGCGAAACGGUAGAUUGGAACAUAUUAAAUAUUAUAAAAGUUGCGGACAAUAGAGUGACUUUUAAUCUGUUCAAACGCGAAGUAUUAAAGAAGCGAAAUAUCGCAUUAGCUUUACAUUGCGAUAAUUUCAUGGAUAAUAUAAAUAGCAUAGGUUCGAAGAUUUGUACUUCCAACACAGAGAGAAAACGGAAGUCCAGAAGAUCUGGGAAUUAUACGCACAGAAAUAUGGAAAUACGCGGUGUUGCGAUAUCCUGGGAAAGCAAUAUUGCAUAUUAUAUCUCGUUCAGUAAUUCAUCAGAAUCGAAGGUCUCUGGAAAAGAACAAAUGGCUCUAUUGAAGGAAUUAUUUGCCGAUACAGCUUUGUAUAUGCGAUGCUUUGCGAUAAAGGAUAUAUAUAAACUUUUAUAUCAAUGUUGUGGAAUCUCUGCCAAAUGUAGAUUUCUGGAUCCAAUAAUUGCACAUUGGUUAUGCACUAAUGAUUCCGAAAGAAAUUUCAGUGAAAUGGUAACGCAAUACUUUCCCCAAGGAAAUUUCAUAAUGAAGCGCACAAAUUCUUACUACAAUGCGGGUCCCGGGAUGGAUGUGCGAAGUUCUUUACCGGGCGAAUUUAGAUCAGCAGCAGAAGCUGUACUAACAUGGCACAUGAUGGACAAUGUCAUGAGUAAAUUAGAGGAACUUAAUCCUGUUUUACUUUAUACAUUUAGAGAGGUAGAAAUGAGAACCGUAACAAUUUUAGCUUGUAUGGAAUUAUCGGGUAUUGGCAUAAAUCUAAAAUCGUUACAAGAACUAUCAUUGGUUACUUUAAACGAAAUGCAAUCUUUAGAAACAAAAGCUUACGAUUUAGCAGGUAGAAAAUUUAAUUUGUCAUCAUCUAAAGAAGUUGGCCAG